AUGCCACCAGAGAGCAGCUACUUAGCGAACGUACGACCACCGUACAACUUUGCAGCCACCUUAUUUUAUACAGUGUCCAGUCCUAUGUUUUCGUCCAACAGCCAUGGACAAUUGGGAGCCGCUGAUAUCCGGACAGAAAUAUUAAACGCUCUCAAAUUGAAAAACUUCACGAAACCCACGAAGAUUCAAUCGGAAUCGAUUCCCCCGGCAAUCAACGAUCAAAGAGACAUACUUGGUGCUGCCGAAACUGGAAGUGGUAAGACACUUGCUUUUGCAUACCCCAUUUUAAACGGCAUACUCAAUGGGAGAUCUACGGGUUCGGUAUCAGAUGACUCUGAUCUGCUCCGGAGUCAGACUCUGAGUCCGACUCGGAAGAUGAUAGUGAACCAGAAGUCUUGGAAGAACUCGAUGAAAACGGACUUCAUACUUGUACCUACCCGCGAGCUCGCCAUGCAAGUUAAAAAGCACAUUGAAGAUGUGGCCAAAUUCACAGACAUUAGUAUCGCUGCUAUUGUUGGCGGAUUGUCAAGUGAAAAACAAGAGAGGAUUUUAAAAAAGGGUCCAGAAAUUGUUGUAGCUACUCCGGGACGUCUCUGGGAAAUGGUACAGAGAAAUGAGCCGCAUUUAAUGCAGUUGAAUAAAGUCAAGUACUUUGUAAUUGAUGAAGCAGAUCGUAUGGUGGAGACUGCACAUUUUCCUGAACUACAUCUAAUGCUUGAGAAAAUCAAUUUAAAAAAAAAUAAUAAACGACAAAAUUUUGUGUUCUCCGCAACGCUCACUAUGGUGCAUAAAGCUCCAUACAGAAUAAACAUUAAGAAUAAGAAAAAAGUUAAAAAAAAUUUAACACCUGAUGAUAAAUUGAAAAGUUUAAUUCAGUUAAUAGGUAUGAAAAAUCCACAUGUUGUAAACUUGACGACUGUAAAUUGUGUUACUAGUACAGUGAAAGAAAUGCAAAUAUUUUGCUCAGUUAAAGAAAAAGACGGAUAUUUGUAUUACUUUUUGAAACGAAAUCCUGGUAGAAGCUUAUUUGGUGUUAAUCAUGUCAUACAUUAUGACGUCCCAGAAACAGCUGAAAUCUAUAUCCAUCGUAGUGGCCGUACAGCAAGAGCGUCAAAUAUUGGGUUGUCACUUUUAAUUUGCACUCCGGAUAAGAAGAAUGUAUACGUGAAUGUUUUGAGGACCAUGAAAAGAGAAAAAGAAUUGCCAAAGUUAGAGGUACAACUGCGGAUGUUGCAAACGUACUUGUAUGUGUAAAACUGGCUCAGGAGAUAACUACGUUGGAAGAAAAGGCAAAGAAAGAAACAGUAUCCACAAAUUGGUUCAAUAAAGCUGCCGAAGAGAUGGAAAUACUCUUGGAUGAAGAUGAAUUACCAAGAGGAAUGAGUUCUAGUGACUUAAAAAAACAUAAUAAACUUGUCAACUCUAAACGUAAACAAUUAGAUUUGUUUUUAUCUACAAUAAAUUGAUUUUUUGUUUUCAAAAUUGAAGUUUGAUAAUUUCUAAUUAAAUUGAAUUAAGACUAUAUUAGUAUUUUCAAUUACUAUGUGGUAAUUAUUAAUACAUUUAAUUUUAGUUUAUAAAUAUGGAUAUAUAUUUACAUAUUUAUUCGAAAAAUAUGUUGCUACUAAGAUUUACCAGGAAUCAGAAGAAGUAUAUACAAACAUUUUGUUUUUAGAUAAUAACAAAUCAUUUUUUUGAUUU